AUGGCGACGUCGAUGAUACAGAGAAUGUUUAAGCAAGGCACGAAGAUCGUCUGCGUCGGCCGUAACUACGCCGCUCACGCCAAAGAACUAGGCAACGCCGUUCCUAAGGAACCAGUUAUAUUCUUAAAGCCGACAUCAUCAUACUUGGAGAACGGAGGAACGAUCGAGAUCCCACAUCCUCUGGAUUCACUUCACCAUGAAGUGGAACUCGCUCUAGUGAUUGGACAGAAGGCUAGAGAUGUACCCGAAUCAAUCGCCAUGGAUUACAUUGGAGGGUAUGCGGUUGCUCUUGAUAUGACUGCUAGGGAGCUCCAAGCUUCUGCUAAGGCAUCUGGUCUCCCAUGGACGCUUGCUAAAGGACAAGAUACUUUCACUCCAAUCAGCUCUGUUCUGCCAAAGGCAAUGGUGCAUGACCCCGAUAAUCUAGAACUUUGGCUCAAGGUUGAUGGUGAAACAAAACAGAAGGGUUUGACAAAAGAUAUGAUCUUCAAGGUGCCAUACCUCAUCAGCUACAUAAGUUCUAUAAUGACUCUUUACGAAGGAGAUGUCAUCUUGACAGGUACACCAGAAGGUGUUGGACCUGUAAAGAUAGGUCAGAAGAUAACCGCAGGGAUCACGGGUCUAUCUGAAGUUCAGUUCGAUGUCGAUAGGCGUGUAAAGCCUUUGAGUUAA